CUUUUGCAGGUUUCGCGUUUGUUUUUCUAGACUUGAGAGUCGCGCAAUUCGAGGAGUCGUGGGCAAGGCUUGCUUCCAGGACUGCCUGGAAUAUCCUCGCUUGUGGACUUCUGCUGUUGAGAUCGAACCAGAAUUGCUUAUGAGAUUUCGAUCUAUAUGGUGACCUUGUAGUGAACGAGUCACGUGAAGCAGGCCAGUCGCAAGUUGCGCAACGCCUGAUGCGGCCGGUACGGUUUGUGUCCACGCUCCGUCGCACUGAAUGAGCUUCACAAGUACCUUCCACCUUAGACUUUAUAUACUCCUUGGGUGCAUUGAGCCAGAGUCGAAAUCCAGUCGAAAUUUAGAAGAAGAUGCUCAACGACUCUUCCGGAGGAGAUCCAGGGAUAGGGAGCUAUUUGGGCGGGUGAAAGGAGUGUGGAACGGUGGAGACAGGGGAGCCUGAGAGGGAAUCUAGGUGGAAGUUCCUGGUCGAUUGGAGGGUUUGCAGACUGCUUCUGAGAGGAGUUCGCAAGAGACGGAUUAGAUUUCAGAGCUACAUCGGAUAACUCUCGUGUGUUGUUAGGUUCGUGGGUCUGGUUGUUUGCGAGUGCGUUACCUAGUCGCAGCGCCGAUGGCCAUGGGGAAUCAAGAACUGGCGGACAAGGAUGUCCACUACGAAGAGGAUUACAUCCAGCGGCGUGGGCUGAAGCUGUUCACAUGCCGGUGGUUGCCGGUGCACCAGGAGAUCAAGGGGCUCAUCUUCAUGUGUCAUGGGUACGGUGUGGAGUGCAGCGUCUUCCUGAGACCCACUGGCAUCCGCUUUGCUCAAGCAGGCUAUGCCGCCUUUGGCAUUGAUCAAGUAGGCCACGGCAAGUCAGAAGGCCGGCGGUGCUACGUCGAGAGUUUCCAAGAUCUCGUGGACGACUCCAUCGCUUACUUCAAAAGUAUCCGAGAUCUUGAAGAGUACCGAAACAAGCCGCGCUUCCUUUAUGGCGAGUCCAUGGGGGGAGCUAUCGUCCUCCACAUCCACCGCAAAGAACCUGAAGAGUGGAGCGGGGCUGUAUUACAGGCUCCCAUGUGCAAAAUCUCGGAAAAAUUGAAGCCGCCACAGAUCGUCACCAGUAUCCUGACGAUGAUGUCGAACUACAUACCUACGUGGAAGAUUGUGCCGUCUGAAAACAUCAUCGACAACGCCUUCAAAGACCCGAUCAAGCGGGCGGAGAUUCGAGCGAAUCCAUUCACCUACCAAGGCCGGCCACGAGUGAAGACGGCCCUGGAGAUGCUCAGGGCUAGCGAGUCGCUCGAGCAACGUCUGGACGAGGUGAUACUACCAUUUUUGUUGCUGCACGGUGAAGAGGAUCGCGUGACGGACCCGGACAUCAGCCGUGAGCUCUUCCGAACUUCCAAGAGUUGUGACAAGGAGUUCAAGCUCUACCCGGGCAUGUGGCAUGGCUUGACAGCUGGCGAGCCAGACGACAACGUCGAGCUCGUGUUUAACGACAUCAUCCACUGGCUCAACAAGCGGAGCUCUUUGGGUUCUGACAGUCCUCUCCGACAAGCAGACAUCUCAGCUCUGGAAUCUGCAACCCCUUCGAAGCAGCGAUCGUCUUCCGACAUCAAAGCUACUGUGGGCAAGGUCACCGACUAAGUAUGAUGCAUUGGUCAUUCUCGUUUAGACCUCUGUUAGUACCUCAUCACAGUUCACGAAGGUAAGAGAUAAAUUAAGAGAAUAUAUACAGUCAGUAGCGGCACUCCGCCACCACAGCACAGUAACCCCUAACUACGUGUAUAUAGCAGUAUGUAUAUACCUUAACACAUACACGUAUUUAUACUAACACCCUUCUGUAAUAUUGGGCCUCCGUUGAGUGCAUCAUGGCCACUCAUCUUAUGGACUAAUUACAUUCCCAGAAUUAAUUAGAAUGGAUUCACUAUUUUUUUGGAAAACCCUACUGGUAUGUCAGUUCCUUAGAGUCAUGACCAGAGCAUUGCAUCUGAGUUGUUAGAAGAACAAAAUUGAAUCUAGGCCGUUGAGUCUUUUUCUUUUAAUCAAGUUUUCUUCUUUUGAGACCUUUCUCUUUCA